AUGGUCUGGCCUUUUGGCAGAAAACAUAGCGGCCCCGAGGAUGGGCAAAAACAAGCCGUACCGGCUUCUCAAAAUUCCAGCGCCGGUAAAAAAUAUCUUUUAGAAGAUACUGAACCGCGAUUCGCCAAUGAGUCUCAAAGUCAUUAUGCCAGCGCUCAGGAACAGGCUUCACUACGGACAGCGUGGGAUACAGUGGGUUGGAAUGACUUCUCUUUACAACGGCUGACACAGAUACCGUGCUUCCGGGACGCAGGAAUGAGUGGGUUCACAAGCAUGUUCGUGCUCGGAAGCGUGAUGUUCUUGUACCACAAGAACCCUGGCAGAGCUGCUAAUUGGGCCGUUGGAGGAUUCAUGCUUGGGAGUAUAGUCGGGUGGGAGCAGUGCCGUUUGAGGCGAAAAAAAAGCUUUCAGACAGCACAGAUGGCCAAAAACACCGUAGCAAACAAGGAAAAACCUAUGCUGAAACCUGUGGUAAACGACGACCGUGUCAAGGAAGACUGGAUAGGCCACACAUCAGACACAACAGCCAAGAAACCGUGGUAUAAGCUGUGGUAA